CGGCCCCUCGCAGGAUUAAGUGGGAUAGAAAAGGAUUACAAUCUGAGUUUCCAGAGACAUUUUAUAGUAAAAUCACAUGCAUGUUGGCGAGCCAGAAGCUGAAGAUCACUUUAAUAUGAAGCUCAGCUGAAGGGAUGGCACCUAAAGGUUUUGAUGUGGGAUGUUGAUGCGUCCGUGUGGUUUGAGAAAGACGGUGACAGGAGCGUCUGAAGACUGCAGUGAUCUGAUGAACAGAGAAGCUUGUCAUGUGGCAGUCGGUGGAGGAGGAGUCAAUGGCACAAUCUGCAUAUGAUGACAAUGAUGCAGGUCUGGCUCAGGUCUUGGCAGAAGUGUUAGAGGAAGUGAGGCAGUCCAUAGACAGAGAUAUUAAUGGUGCUGAUCUUUUACACAGUCUCCUCAGUGCUCCUUGGCUUUACUCUCUUCUCAGGGUAUAUGAGUGUCUGGUGCAGCACAGUCAGGAUGCUCCAAAUCCAUACCUGCCUUAUUCCACAAGACUUUCUCAGGAGAUUACAGCCAGUGUGCGAGGACUGCCUGCUCCCUCCUCUGAUGCACAAGAGCUGUAUAUUUUGCUAAAAAGCCCUCAUAUGCAGGCUUUGCUCUCUGCCCAUGAUUCUGUGGCUCAGAGAGAUUAUGGGCCAGUGCUUCCGCCCCUUCCUGACAAUCUGUCUGACAAUGAGGAGGCUGUGAGGAUUGUUUGCCUUGUAAAGAACAAACAGCCUCUGGGAGCAACAAUUAGGAAGGAUGAGAAAACAGGAAACAUCUUCAUUGCAAGGGUGAUACAUGGAGGACUGGCAGACCGCAGUGGACUUCUUAAUUCUGGUGACAAGCUGGUGGAAGUAAAUGGACAGAAAGUUCGAGGAAUGCAGCCUGAGCAUGUCAUAAAUAUUCUGGUUCGAUCUCAAGGAAAUAUUCUGUUUAAAGUUAUCCCUAAUUCAACACAACCCACCAACAGUCAAGCAACCCUGUAUGUGAGAGCCAUGGUGGACUACAGUCCUCUGCAGGACCCUGCAAUCCCCUGUCCAGAUGUUGGCAUGGCCUUCAGUAAAGGAGAUUUGCUGGAGAUUGUAGACCAGAGGGACAUCCGAUGGUGGCAAGCCAGAAAACUCCACAGUGCCUCGCUGUGUUGCGGUCUUAUUCCCUCCACUAACCAGUUCAGACACAAACAAAGGGAGCUGUGGUGGUCUCAACCUUAUCAAGCUCACACCUGCAUCAGACCCUUGAGCGCAGAUGAUGUUGGAGAAGAGGAAAUAACGGACAAAAUUAAAUGCACUGAAACAGAUGAAGAAGAUUUUGAGUUCGUUUCAGAGGAGGGUGAGAAUGGUGAACACAUGCAGGGCUUAUACAUAGCGGGGUUCCGGCACAGUCUUCGCGUGUGGAGGAGGAAAUCAUACAGCAAGCGAAAGCCGUCAUGUUAUUCCUGCAGCAUCAGUAGCUGUCAUAACACCUCAGCCAACCUUUAUGAAGAGGUGGUCCACUAUCAGCGCCACAUUGACGAUCCCCCGCGUCUCAUUGUGCUGAUUGGUCCAUCAGGAGUGGGUGUAAAUGAACUAAGAAGGAGGCUAAUCAAAAUCAAUCCUAAUACAUACCAGGGACCGGUAUCUUACACGACACGGCCCCAAAAUAUGGGUGAGAAGAAUGGGCGUGAGUAUCACUUUGUGACCAAGGAAGUGUUUGCCUAUAUGGUGGUUAAUCACAAAUUUUAUGAGUAUGAAGAGCAUAAUGGACACAUGUAUGGAACCAGCUUGGACUCGGUUAAAGAUGUAUUGGACAAUGGGAAAAUAUGUGUUAUUGACAUUGAACCUCAUUGCAUUCAAUCAGUCAGGAACAAAAUGCUGAAGCCCUACAUCAUAUAUGUGCGUCCACCAUCGCCUGAAGGCAUGAGACAAACAAGAAAAGACCCACAUUUUCUUGCCAAUAGAUACAUUAAGAGAUACUUCCAUGAUAAAGACUUUGAGGACAUUGAGGACGUGAGCAGGGCCAUGGAGGCCAAGUACCGUCAGUUUUUUGACUGUGUGAUUGUAAAUGAAGAUCUGCAAGAUUCAUGCAUGGAUUUGUUCACCGCUAUACAACAUGCUCAAGAAGAACCGCAGUGGAUUCCUGCCAGCUGGUUUACUCCUGAUCGUACAUGACUAACAGAUAUGCACAACAACAAAGAUGGGAAUUUUUGAAAUGUUCCAAUAUAUGUAAAAGAACUGAACUGCAAAAAACAAAUGCCUUUCUGUGUAAUAUAGGGCAAAUUAACACUCGUGUGAAUUCUUGAGUAAAAUGCUGUUUGUGACUUUACAGCAAUCAUUUGUUUUAUCAUGCCACAUACCGUAAUGUACUGUAAACUACAUAUUUAGGUCAUCUUUCACUAUAGAGUUAAGGGUUAGAGUUAAGGGGUUAUUUCUAAUUUGAACUGUUUACAAUGUCAUAAAAUCUACCUAAAGCUUUUGUUAAGUGAAAAAAAA